UACCAAAUAGAUGUGUCUUUGUUAAUAAUGGUGUGUGCUUUAAUAGAAAAUAGUAGUACUUAGUGAUAAUUGAGUAGCUGCUGGUAAAGAUUUAGUUAAUAUUCAAGUUAUUGGAAAAUUGGUGAUACUUGGUAUAGUAAGUGGAAUAUUUGCUUGUAAUGCUGGAGUUACUUGUGGUGCAUUUGAUUCAUCAAAUUCUGGUACAUGUGCUACUUUUAUUACUAUUCAUGGUAGUCUAUGUAAAGCACAAGCAACUGGAACAAGUGCUUGUAUAGAUGAUAUUUGUUUUGCUUAUAUGCUAAUGUUCAUGAUUAUAAAGCGAAAAAGUAGCUUAUUUUACUCCGUAUCAAGGUAGUGCAACUGCUUAAUUAUGUUACCAUAAUGGAAGUGCUUGUGCAGAAGGAGCUUUUGUAAAUACAAAUACACAUCUUAGAUUUACUGCUUCAUCAUUUUCAUAAUGUAUUUCAUACUAUGAUUUAUGUCUAUUCUCAAAACUAGUAGGUAAUAGAAAUACUGCUGAUGGAGUUACAUAAGGAUGUGGAUAAGUUUAGGGUACUGCAUAUGAGUGUUUAACUUUAAAAGGUAAAUGCAUGGUUGAUUCUUUAUGGAAAUAUAGAUUAUGUUAGAAAUAUAAUUCAGGAACAACUGUAGCUGUAUGUGUAGAUAGAACAUGUGCUUAAAGAAUUGAUGGAAAUACUGAUGCUAUUUGUUAAGCUUGGCUGACUACUUGUAAGACCGAUAGAGUAGACGGAGUUGAUAUUACAACAGUAUGCACAUCAAUGUAAGGAACAUUGAAAAAGUUGUUAAUUAUUUGCUGGUAUAGUAUUGGGAUCCAAAUGUUAAGGUAAUAUCUCUGUCAAUAUUGAUUGCCUUGAUAAAGAUGUUAAGA